AAGAGAAAGUCAAAGGCGUGGUGUCUAUGAACGAGGACUUUGAGCUGAAGUUCUGGGUCACGACUCCCGAGGAAUGGCAACGACUGGGCGUCAAGUUUUUGCAGUUGAAUACCGCAGACAUACUGCACGCCCCCACUCAAGACAAACUGCGAACUGGUGUCCAAUUCAUACAGCAGUUCAACGGCACCGACAGCUCCGUCUACGUCCACUGUAAGGCCGGCCGCACCCGUAGCGCUACACUCGUGGCCUGUUAUCUCAUGAAAAAACACGAUUGGGAGCCGAAAGAAGCCGUGGAUUACAUGAAACACAAGAGACCACACAUUCUUCUGCGGUCUAAACAGUGGGAAGCGAUCGGCAAAUACUACGAGGAAAACAUCGCCAAUAAUAGCAAACAAACGGACGUUAACUUAACAUAAAGUUUGAUUCAUUAGAGUUUAAUUUAUUCAUAAGAAACCAGUUUUAAUUAUAGACUUUUUUUGUACUAUUCAUAG